AACUAAAUAAAAUUAAUGAUCAUUUUCUGUUUACAGCAACAAAUUGCAUCAUUAGAAGGUCUCAAGGUUUCUGAUGUUUUAUUGUAUGCUGCUGGAUGUCCUGUCUCUGACGACAGCUCGGUAGCUGCAUUUGAGCAAACAGACAUUGAACUUACAGUUGGCUUGCCUGGUGGAAAAGUCCAUGGCUCAUUGGCUCGUGCUGGCAAAGUCAAGGGUCAGACUCCCAAGGUAGAAAAACAAGAGAAGAAAAAGAAGAAGACUGGUCGCGCUAAGAGGCGCAUCCAAUACAACAGACGAUUUGUAAACGUUGUAGCAACUUUUGGAAGGCGACGUGGACCAAACUCCAACUCUGCUGCUGCUUCUUAAAUAAUUUAAAUUCUUAAGAAUGUAUUCUGUUUGACUAAAUAUAUUUUGUAAACCUUAA